UAAAAAUCAUUUGCUCUCCUUUUCAUAUCCCUUCCAUCUUUUUUCUUUUUUAAAGUCUCCCUUCGCCUUGCCCUGUGGGUAGCGUGUAGCUGUAGAAACUAACAACAAAGUCCUAGUUCUUCGACUGUUCGGAUGCAAAGAAAGAACGUAAGAAAGAACAGAACAUACACAGGGCAUUAUGUGCCUCGGAAAAGAGCGAGGCUCGGAUCAGCUCCUACCCCCCUCUCUCUAUAAUUCCGUGUUUUGGUUUUCAAUCCCGAGACCCCAAAGUGGCAAAAAGAAAAUAGAAAGGAAAGCAAACUAGAAUUUUGUUCACUUUUUUUUUUUUUUUUUUCCUCAAGAAAGAUGGGGGGAAAAUAAAGAUAGAAAUAGGGUUUGUUUGUUAGAUACUACAUGGGUUUGAGUGUAUGGGGUUGGCUGUGAACAGUGGAAAAGUAUGCCGUUCCAUAAAGAGUCGGACCAUACCCUUCGACUUUCAUCUUUUACCAAACAGAUCGCCCCAUAAAGUAUCUAGGUCUAUCCACUCAAUGGCCUCUUCUUCUCACAAAUCCAACCAAGAUUACAAGCUAAAAGCAGGAGAAGAUGAAGGAGGAGACUGGCUUGAGCUCGGUUUAGGCUUAGGCUUUGGAACAGGUUGCAGGAAAGUGGAAGCUGAGCAAAGAUCAAACCCAGUUUCAGGCCAUCUAACAUCAGCAGCAGCAGCAGCAGCAGCAGCAGCAUCUUCUUCUUCUUCACUACCCUUGCAAACCAACCAGCAGAUAGGGUUAGGAUUAGGGUUAGAGUUACGGUCUGGUUUAGGUUUAGGUUUAGGGUUUGAAAACGAGGGUGUCAGGCAUGUGGGUUUACUGGCGCCGUCUAUUAGUAAUUAUCAGGACUUGUUGUGGCCAGAUCAUUGUUAUCAUUAUAAUCAGUACUAUGAUAACGAUGAGGAUCAUUAUAAUGGUGUAGUGCAGCCAUCAUGGCCAUGGCACUCGGAUCCAGCUGGUGCCCUCCUUGGCCUGCAUGACUUGCAAAUGCCGGUUCCCAAUGAUUCUCAUAAUUACUUCACCAGAAGACCCCAUUCUGGCUUGUGGUUUUCCCUCCGCUCCUCAACUAACCGGGAUGGGGAAGCGUUGCCUCAAAUACCAAAGGCGUAUAUUAGAGUGAAGGACGAGAACGUGACGGUUUUCAUGGUUAAAAAGUACCUGGUUACAAAGCUUGGUCUCUCCAACGAGGCGGAGAUUGAUAUAUCGUGCAUGGGGCAGAAUUUGUUGCAUACACAAACCUUGAAAGAAGUAAGGGAUGCAGUUUGGGUUCCUAGAUUGUUAGAAUCUGUAAAUUCAACAAUAUUGUCACUUGAGGACUACUCCCUUGACAUGUCUUCAAAACAUUUGAUGUCUUUACAUUAUGAAAGAAGAUCAUAUUAAUGAACUGAUCAUCAUCAGCUGCUUAAUUAGCUAGCUAGGAAGGUUCCUUGCAUGCAUGCCUGCCUGCCUUUGUUAAUGUUCGAUCCUGUCGCUUGAUCAUGAUCAAUAUCAGUAGUUAAUGAUCAUAGCUAGUAUUCAUGUACAUAUACCUAUGUUUUAUUCAGCAAUUAAUCAUGUAUGUUUAAUU